CAGAGUUAGUUGUGAAGCAUCCAACGAGCUUAGAAGUCCAACAGCUCAAGAUGGAAAUCUUUGUUAAAUUUAUUCUGUGUGUUCUUCUAAUUGGUUUUGUGAGAUCAGCUUCAGUGCCUACAAAACGAUCCUGUUCGGAAAAUCCUUAUGGAACGGGGUGUGAUGAUAAACGGCAGCAUCCUAGGCUACCAGAAGAUCAAAUUAAGACCAAAGACGAAGCUUUAACUGCUGAACAAACUCAAGAUCACUGGAUCAGCAUUGCAAAGAAAUUUGUCGAAGAGCAAACUAAACGAUCACAGAAUAAAGAGAAGGCAAAUAAUGUGAUCUUCUUCCUUGGAGAUGGACUAGGAAUUGCAACCAUCACUGCAACAAGGCUACUUCUAGGAGGAGAAGAAGCGAAAUUAUCUUUUGAAAAAUUCCCAUACACCGGUUCAUCCAUGACUUACUGCGUAAAUAAGCAGGUACCAGACUCAGCUUGUACUGCAACUGCUUACCUGAUGGGUGUGAAGAAUAACUACGGAACAAUAGGGGUUAAUGCAAAGGUGCCUAGGUCCGAUUGCCUAGCUGGGCAGGAUGAAACAACCUUCACAACAUCUCUGGCGGAAUUGGCUCAGAAGCUGGGAAAAUCAACAGGAUUGGUUACAACAACACGCGUUACGCAUGCUUCCCCCUCAGGACUCUACGCCCACAUAGCGGAACGUGAUUGGGAAAAUGAUGCAAGAAUUACCAGAGCAGGUUGUAAUGCAAAUGAAAUUGAUGAUAUAGCAAAACAACUAGUUCACGGGGAUGUUGGGAAGAAGUUUAACGUGAUAAUGGGUGGAGGUAGGCGUGAAUUUCGCGAUUCUUCAAUACGCGAUGAAGAAGACUCUCUAGGCCAACGAGCAGAUGGAAGAGAUCUUGUGCAGGAAUGGCUUGAUGAUGGCAGCAAGGAAAAUAAGGAGUAUGUGUGGAAUAGGGAGCAACUGCUGAGUCUUAAUUCAACUACGACAGAUCACGUGUUGGGACUCUUUGAAUCUUCUCACCUGCUCUACCACCUGGAAACUAUUGCAAAAGAAAAGGAAGAAACUGAACCAACUUUGGCGGAAAUGACGCAGAAAGCUCUGGAAAUUUUGAGCAGGAAUGAAAAUGGGUUUUUCUUAUUUGUCGAAGGAGGUAGAAUUGAUAUGGCUCAUCAUGAUCUAUACGCGAGGACUUCACUCGAUGAAACCGUUGAAUUCCACAAAGCUAUUAAGCUUGCGCGGGAAAUGUUUAGCGAGGAAGAUACCCUAAUUGUGGUUUCUGCUGAUCAUAGCCACGCUGUAUCCAUGACUGGAUAUCCAGAUCGUAAACACGACAUUUUCGGAUAUGUCGGAAAUGCAACAGAUAACAAACCUUACUUCACAUUGAGCUAUGCUAAUGGACCAGGGUAUGGGAAACACGUAAUUCCUGGAGAAGGUCGUGUUGAUCCACGAAGUCUCGAUACAAGUGCGUGGAAUUUUCAAUUUCCCGCCACAGUUCCUUUGGAUUCUGAGACUCACGGAGGAGAAGAUGUUCCGGUUUAUGCGUCUGGGCCAUGGGCUCACCUAUUCACAGGAACUUAUGAGCAAAACGUAAUACCGCAUAUGAUUGCCUAUGCUGCAGAUCUGAGUGGCGAUGGAUGGCUGCCUAUUAGGACUAAAAACUAAAAGAUCAGACGUCUGCUGUCUUGCUACCUGCAUUGAACAGUUCUGAAAAAAAGCUUUAUUCGUUUUUUUCUAUGAAUCAAUUCUUAAAGGCGUAAGUAAUUAAAUUUUGUUUUAAUUUAUCGUAAAACAAUGUCAAAGACUCAAGAAAAAAUAAAAACUGCAAAGAUAAAUAAUAAAUAUAACAUGGAUGGAACAGUAUAAAGCGAAAGAACGGUAAGUAAAACUUACAGGCUGUGAUUCUUUCUUUGUCAGUGAAAUGUGAAAUUGACGGAAAAUUGAGGAUAGGCAAAUUUUGAGGAAGGCUUUCUCGCGCACCGAAUCACAGCCAACGCUCAGAAAUUCAGUGAAAAACCUUAAUCGUGGGCGUUGGCUGUGAUUCAGUACGCGAGAAAGCCUUCCUCAAAAUUUGCCUAUCCUCAAUUUUCCGUCAAUUUCACAUUUCACUGACAAAGAAAGAAUCACAGCCUGUAAGUUUUACUUACCGUUCUCUCGCUUUAUACUGUUCCAUCCAUGUUAUAUUUAUUAUUUAUCUUUGCAGUUUUUAUAUAUUUAUCUUUGCAUUUUUAUAUGUAUAUAUAUAUAAUGUAUAUAUCUAUGCAUUUAUAGAUAUUAUUUAAUUUUAAAUGUGUAUAUAUAAAACGCCCCGCUUCGCGGGGCGUUGGACUUAUGGAAAUCAACAUAUGACAUGUUAACUUUAAAACGCGAUAUCUCCGGAACGGCUACAUAGAUUUUCUUCAUUUUUGGCAUGGUGGUAGAUAAUAUAGUCAACUAUAACAUAUCAAAGUAUGAAGCAAUUCUAUAAAGCGGUGCUCGAGAUAUUCAUCGAAAACUCAUCGAAAAUUUUGUUUUUGAUUUUAGCACCACUUGCGGUCAUUUUUUGAACUUGUGAUGUUCCGAGCAGUUGUAGGGCUUGUUAAUAUCUUUCAUUUGAGCCCGAGUUGAUCAAAAUCGGUCAAGGCGUUCUCAAGUUAUGGACGAUUUUCGAUGAAAAAUUGUGACGGCCAUAUUGGCUAAACGGCUUGACCGAUUUUCGAAAAUGAGGCAUCGUUGGAAAGGUCUUGAUGGCCCCUACAACAUAUCAAAAUUUCAGACCUAUAGCUAUAAUAGGGCCUGAGAUAUAGCGAAAACAAAAUUUCAUGGUUAUCCAAAAUGGCGGACGGGGGGGUGGGGGGUUGGAUUUGACUUCAUAAUCGGAUGUCCUCCACCCGAUAUAUGAACUUUGCCGUUGACCGCAAGUCUCUAUCUAUUACCGUUCUCUCGCAAUUCAGCGUUGUACUCCGGCCGGCCGGCCGGCCGGAUGGACGGACGGACCAAUUUUUGGCGCAUACGUUUUUUUUUGGAAUGUGGGGACCCUAAUUCGUGCUCAUCCCAAGUUUGAGCCCGAUCUGACGACUUUGCAUUUUAGAGUGUACACAGAAGCUGUGCUUCUUUGAAGAAAGAAUCACAGCUAAAAAGUGAAGUCAUUUCCCGGAAAAGCGCUGGGAAAAAUACGAAUUUUCCGGGUUUUGUAGAACCUACAUUGAAUUUUUUUCUUAUAGAUGACUCAAAAAGGAAUUUUCUAGAAUAGCUAGAAAUUAAGAUAAAAAUCAAUUUAUAAGUUUCACAUAAAACGGGAAAAUUUGUAUAUUUAUCAGCGCUUUUCCGAAUAAUGUCUUUACUUUUCUUGAGUCUUUGACAAUGCCCUAAAGAACAAAGUUUUUUAACGCCUUUUAACGCCGGGCUGAUUUGUAGAAAAAUGAAUAAAUGCUCUUUUUGAGAUCAGA